CCCGUUGCUUGUCCAUUGGUGGCGUCGAUCAGCGAUGCGUGCAAUCCUUCCGUUCGUCUUCCUGCCCUUCUCGGCAGCGGCAGCUGCGACAAGGAUACCUCGUACUCAAAUCCAGCCUCCGGAGGAAGUGGAUUCCCUCCUGCAGACACUUCGCGAUGAAAUAAACAGGCUGGAGGCUGCUGUUCGAAAAGACUACUCACGCCUGGCCUCUCUUUUCCACGCAGGCCCAACUUCCACUCGCUUUCCUUUUACGACUGAUACACCAGGUACGGACUCUCCUGGAGGCCAGCAACAAUCCGCUUUUCUUCCAACUAGUACUUUAAUACCACAAACGACCUCUUCCACGACUGUUCCAACGAAAUCAACCCUGAGCUCCAUACCAGUUGUUACACCUUUGGCACAAACACAGACAAGCCGAAUUUCGACAAGUAACUCGUCCACCAUGGGCGUGACUACUUCUCAGCCGAGCGCGGCGCCUGCAGCGACCGCAGCGGCCAACAUCACAUGCGCGAACCUCUGCUCAGCACUUUCUUUCACUGAAUCAGAAUACCCGGUUCACCCAGUGUCUUGUCAAUCAUAUGCUGCUGGCGAUGAUAUCACCAUCACCGGCGGUCAAGCGCAGGCAGGUUGCGGAACAUCUUUCUCUCCUCAACUCGACGUUUGCCGAGUGGUCCUCACAGUAGAGACUAGCGAUGCUUCGGAGACGUACAUGGAAGUCUGGCUUCCUGAGAACGGCCAAUGGAAUGGACGCACCAUGAACACUGACAACGGAGGUGUCAAUGGAUGCGUGCACUACGUUGACAUGGACUACGUCUCUAGCCGCGGGUUUGCUGCGAUCGGUGACAAUGCUGGUCACAACGGUUCUUCGUUCGACGGCUCGUGGUUUGCAGACGACAACGAGGUCAUCAUCGACUGGGUCUGGCGCGCUCGUCACUCUGCUGUCGUUGCAGGCAAGGAAGUUGUCAACCAGUUCUACGAUCAAGCACCCGAAUACUCUUACUACAUUGGCUGCUCGGCCGGUGGUGCCCAGGGCAUGAAGUCCGCGCAGAUGUUCCCAGAUGACUUUGACGGUAUCAUUGCCGGCUCUGCUGCUGCCGACUUCAACCACCUACAAGCCUGGAGCGGCCGUUUCGUGCAACUCACUGGCACAUCCGACUCCGACCCCAAAUUCCUCACUCAAAAUGACUGGAUCACUGUCCAAGCUGCCAUCUUCGAUCAAUGCGAUGAGAAACUUGACGGCGUCAACGAUGGCAUCCUCGAAGACCCUUCUCUCUGCCAAUUUGACUCUUCUGUUCUUGCUUGCAGCAACAACGCUACCCUCUCUGGCUGCCUGACCGACACCCAAGUCAACACAGUCAGAGAAGUCUUCACCGAACUCUACAACACCGAAGGCGAACUCCUCUACCCAGCUCUCCUCUACGGCUCCCAAGUCGAUGCCUUCCGCCUCGGCCAACUCUCCGGCAGCGUCCAAGCCAUCUCCCGCGACUGGUACCGCUACGCAAUCAACGACGACCCCGCCUGGGACCCUCUCGACAUGAACCAAGCCGAUUACGCUCGCGCCGACGCUCUCGACGCCUACCACGGCAACGUCUCCCAGUUCUCCGGCGACCUGAGCGGUUUCCGCGCCGCAGGAGGCAAACUCCUCAUGUACCACGGCACAGCCGACCCUCUCGUCUCCAGCAGCAACUCCCAACGCUACUACCUCAAAGUCGCCUCCGAGCUCGGAAUCGACAACGUCGACAUGGACGACUUCUACCGCUACUUCCGCAUCUCUGGCAUGGCACACUGCGGUGUAGGCGGAAUUUCCGGCGCUGGAGCUUGGAUGUUCGGACAGAACGCCGCUGCGGCUGUCGCUUCGCAUAACAUUAUCGAUUACUUGCAAGAAUGGGUCGAAGAUGCCAACCCACCUGAGACUCUCAUUGGAACGAAGUACUGGUACGAUACGGUGUCUAUGGGCGUGCAAUUUGAGCGUGCGCACUGCAGAUUCCCGUACAGGAAUACGUUCAUCACGGGCCAGGAUCCUAAUGAUGUGGAUUCUUGGAGGUGUGAGCUGAUUGAUGAGUGGAGGGAGUGUGGACCUGGUGCUUUGCCUCGGUUGUGUAAUGUUGAUGGCAGUUUCAAUUAGAUUGCCGGAUGAACAUGAGGAAGGAACAAAAGAGACAGAAUAGGCAUAAAUGGCUUGUGAAGACAGUUGUUUGUAGAUUUAAUGUGAUUGAUGAUGAAUCUAGGUAUGCGCAAGAGAAAAGUUCGCAAAUACCAUUCGGUGUACAUAUUUGACUACUUCGUCUCGUUCCAGCAUCACUUGAAAAAUCUGAAACAGGAGUAUGUGUG